AUGGCUCGAAAGAAUACAAUGAAUUUUCAUAAUGGAUACAGAUUAUUAUCAUCAACUUCUUCCCAAUCAUCAUCGCUAUGUAGUACAUUGAUAGCAUUAUUCAAAAUUUGCAGUUAUAUUUCUCUUUAUUGGCUUUGCUCAAUAUCAUUGACAUUUUUUAAUAGGCAUUUAUUUCGUGAUUAUAAAUUUCCUCUAUCUAUAACAACAUUACAUAUGGCAAUAAAAUUUAUUUUUUCUGCAUUAAUUCGUUGGCUUCUAUAUAAGUAUAAUUAUUCAUCAUGUUGCACAAAAGGAAAUGGGCGACAUCAAAAUAAUGAUAGAGAUCGUGUAAAUUUAACAUGGUCUAUUCUCUGGCGAAAAAUUGCCCCUACCGGUAUCACAGCUUCCCUGGAUAUCAGUCUAUCGAAUUGGUCUUUGCAAUAUAUAACUAUUUCACUUUAUAUUAUGUGUAAAUCAACUGUAAUCAUUUAUAUUCUUGUUUUUGGCAUUAUAUUUGGACUUGAACGAUUUGUAAUGUUAUAUCUCGUUUAA